UAGUGGGCGUAGCUGUUUAAUUCGGCGCAGAGUAGGAGAAGCAGCGGGGAUCACCAUGGUAGCUGGGAUGUUAAUGCCGCUGGAGGACCUGAAAAAGAUUUACGAGCUCCUGUUUCGCGAUGGUGUCAUGGUGGCCAAGAAGGACAAGUCUCCGGAAAGCAGGCACCCGGAGCUGCAGGGGCACAUCACCAACCUGCAGGUAAUUCGGGCUAUGGGCUCACUUAAGUCCCGGGGCUACGUGAAGGAGACCUUUGCUUGGAGACACUACUACUGGUACCUGACAAACGAGGGGAUCGCAUACCUGCGUGACUACCUGCGGUUGCCCCCUGAGAUCGUGCCUGCCUCCCUGCAGAGGGUGCGUCGGCAGGUGGCCCCCUUAGAGGUGACACGUAGGACGGCACGGGUCCAGACCUUGGAGGGACCCACCUCCUACGUCACUAAACCUGCCCCCCAGACUCGUGCUGAGGGCCAAGAGAUGCUGGCUGAGCGGCAGGCCUACCGGCACAAGAGGGCGGUGGCCACGGAGGAGGGGGCUCUGAGAACUGAGGGGGUGGCUCGGUCCCGAGGCCAUCCCCUGGCUGUUGAGCCCAGGAAGCCCGGUGCAUCCUGGGAUUUUGGGAGCCAGAACCAGCCCUUCUCAAAGGAUAGACAAGUGUCUCUCAAAGAAGAGAGCGCAAUGGAGAAGAGUCAGGUGAAUAGAGUCUCCAUGAGCAAGAUGAUUCUGCCUGAUGCCAAGGCCACAAAGUCUUCUGCAGCAGUAUCUUCUAGGGAGAGGGUCACUGCUAUGGACCAGCAGAGCCCAAAAUUGGCACCCAGGAGAGAUGCUGCACCCAAACCGACGCUCCCAUCAACACUGGUGGAAACGGUGACUAUCAGACCAAUGGAAGCUGCAGUGACGAUGUGUACAGCAAAAGCCCCCGUGGUUAACAAGGUGGUCGAAGAGGAUCUUGUGAAGGCCGUCGCUGGGAACAUCUCCACAAGCUCAAGUCCACCUUCUGAACCUAUAGCCAGUAAAGCUGCCAUUCAGUCACCAAGGAAGGAAUCUUUGGCUCCUAAGGUGGUUAGUAUGGUGAAGGACCAGAAUGCCGGAGCAGCCUCACCAAAAAUGCCGGGUGACAGUGUCACGGCCAAGUCGGCACUUCCUGCGGGUACCCUUCCUGUCCCUGCUGAAAAUAUGACAGACGAGGUGCGUGACAUGGCCUUGGUCACAAAAGUGACACAUGAGGUUAUGAAAACACCAGGCCAUGCCAAGGACGCACCGCAGAUGGCCUUAGAGAAAGCGCAACGGCAGGAUGCCCAACCCACUUUGGAGACCACCCGAACCAAAGAAUCUGUGCAGGUUGAGGAGUUAGCCAUCACAAAGGUGGGCACAACUUUAUCUGAAGGAAGUGCCACUGGUGAGCUAGUGCCCCCAUCCUCGACAGCAACGGUGCUGCCCUCUCGCAAGUCGAAGAAGAAGAAAAAGUCAGAAAAGGCCUCUGAGGUGAAAUCGACCGAGGAGACCGUGACCCCUUCUCUGGGUGACGAUACCCCUAAAUCAAAGCCACCAGCGGCCCUGAAGGAUCAGGCCGACGUUCCCGUUAAGGCUGCUGUUCCUGCUGGGAACGCUCUUCCCACUGAAGUCGCUAUUCCCAAGACGGCCAGGAAGGAUACAGUGCAGAAGAUGGAGGCAGUGACAGUGGAUAUGGGGGUUCUGAAGCCUAACCUAAGCGAUACUCCAGUGCAAGAAGCACUGCUGUCGAGGAUGGUGGAAACUGUCCCACCAGACAGGGCUAAAGUUAUCAAAGCUAGUAAGCAGCAAACAGCAGGGUCGAGGGAGGCCCCUCCGUCACCCAGAGCCGAAGAUGGAGUGGCAGCGCAAACCCCUUCUGCAGCGGGGGAGGAUGUUCCCCAUCCAGAGAGUGCGAGCAGAGACGCUCGGCAGGCAAAGUCAGAGAGCAGCGCUGCAAAGCAGAACGCAGCUGCAGCUGUGCGAGCUGAUCUCUCUGCCCCAGCAGACAAAGGGAAGGCGGAGCCUGCAAGGCUGCAUGCUGAAAAACCCAAGCAGGAGGUCCCAAAAACUUCUCCAGCUACAAAUCCACGAGGAACAGCGUCAGAGGCAACAAGCGCUGACAGCAGCUCUGGAGCGACACAGGCAGCGUAUCGGAUUAGCACGCAGGCGCAGCACAGCCCUGUGACUGAGGAGCACAAGCAGCCCCUGGUCGAGAGGGACGCCCAGACUACAGAGCCCACGUCCCUCGGCGAGGCAGCCAUGAAGAAGAAGAUUGUGGUUGUGGAGGAGGUAAUUGAGGAGGUGAAGCACGUUGGGUCGCCAGGAACUCAGGCAGCCAAUGCCUCCGGAGGUGCUGCAGAACACGACACAGGGUCCGUCACCGUCCUGCGGGCCGACGCCCCCAAGGGCAACUUGGACCACAGACCUGACGUGUGGGUAGACGACGUGGAGGAGAAGACCUGGCCCAACUUUGUGGAAGAUGAGCGUGAUCGAGUUCAGAAGAAGACCUUCACCAAAUGGGUCAACAAGCAUUUGAUGAAGCACUGGCGAGCAGAGGCACAAUGUCAGGUGACCGACCUGUACGAAGACCUCCGCGAUGGACACAACCUCAUCACCCUGCUGGAGGUUCUCUCGGGCAAGACGCUGCCCCGGGAGAAAGGGCGAAUGCGUUUCCACAAGCUCCAGAAUGUACAGAUAGCGCUGGACUUCCUGAAACAAAAGCAGGUCAAGUUGGUGAACAUCCGAAAUGAUGACAUCGCCGACGGGAACCCUAAGCUUACGCUGGGGCUGAUAUGGACCAUAAUCCUCCACUUCCAGGUGUCCGAAUCUAUCUCCGACAUCCAGGUGAACGGCCAGUCAGACGACAUGACGGCCAAGGAGAAGCUGCUGCUGUGGUCGCAGCGCAUGGUGGAUGGCUACCAAGGCCUCCGCUGUGACAACUUCACCACCAGUUGGAGGGAUGGCAAGCUGUUCAACGCGGUCAUCCACAGACACAAGCCCAUGCUUAUCGACAUGAGCAAAGUGUACCGGCAAACCAACCUGCAGAACCUGGAGCAGGCCUUCAACGUGGCGGAGAGCAGCCUAGGGGUCACACGCCUGCUGGACCCCGAGGACGUGGACGUGCCAAACCCCGAUGAGAAGUCCAUCAUCACCUACGUGUCCUCCCUGUAUGAUGCCAUGCCCCGGGUGCCCGACGUCCCGGAUGGUGUGAAAACCAAUGAGCUGGAGCUGCGGUGGCAGGAGUACUACGAGCUGGUCACCCUGCUUCUGCAGUGGAUGCGCCACUACAUCACCAUCUUCGAGGAGAGGAAGUUCCCUGCCAGCUACGAGGAGAUCGAGAUUCUGUGGCGCCAGUUUAUGAAGUUCAAGGAGACUGAACUGCCAGCUAAAGAAACAGACAAGAAUCACUCAAAGCUGAUCUUCAAUUCCUUUGAGUCUGCCAUCCAUGCUGGUCAGGUGAGGGUACCUCCAGGCUACCACCCCAUCGAUGUGGAGAAAGAAUGGGGUCGUCUGCACUUGACCAUCCUGGAGAGAGAGAGGCUGCUGAGGACCGAGCUUGAAAGGUUAGAGCGUCUUCAGCGUAUCGUCAGCAAGGUCCAAAUGGAGUCCGGUGUUUGUGAGGAGCAGCUGAACCAGGUGGAGAGCCUCUUGCAGACGGACAUCCGUCUGCUGAACAUGGGCAAGCCAGCUAAGAACAUGAUGGAGCUGGAGAGGGACCUGGACAAGGCCGACGGAAUGAUCCGCCUGCUCUUCAAUGAUGUACAGCUGCUGAAGGAUGGGCGCCACCUGCAGGCCGAGCAGAUGUACAGGAGGGUGUACCAUCUGCACGAGCGGCUGGUGAACCUGCGCACCGAGUACAACCUGAGGUUCCGUUCCAGUGUGACCUCCACCCAGUCGCCCGUCACCCAGCAGCAGAGCAUUGUGAAGGGCAGGCCCGAGCUGGACGAGGUGACCCUGCGCUACAUCCAGGACCUGCUGGCCUGGGUGGAGGAGAACCAGAGGCGUGUGGACUCAGCUGGCUGGGGUGCGGACUUGCCCUCCGUGGAGUCGCAGCUGGGCAGCCACCGGGGACUGCACCAGACCGUGGAGGACUUCCGCUCAAAGAUCGAGCGGGCUCGUGCUGACGAGAACCAGCUGUCUCCAAUCAGCAAAGGAACCUACAGGGAGUACCUGGGCAAACUGGACCUCCUGUACGCCAAACUGCUGAACUCGUCCAAGUCCCGCCUUCGCAACCUGGACCAGCUCCAGACCUUCGUCAGCGCUGCCACCAAGGAGCUGAUGUGGCUGAACGACAAGGAGGAGGAGGAGGUGAAUUUCGAUUGGAGUGACCGCAACACCAACAUGACUGCCAAGAAAGACAACUACUCGGGUCUGAUGCGUGAGCUGGAGCUGAGGGAGAAGAAGGUGAAUGAGAUCCAGACCACUGGUGACAGGCUGCUGAAAGAGGGCCACCCAGGCAGAAAGACUGUGGAGGCUUUCACAGCUGCCUUGCAGACUCAGUGGAGCUGGAUCCUUCAGCUGUGCUGUUGCAUCGAAGCUCACCUCAAGGAGAAUACUGCCUACUACCAGUUCUUUGCUGAUGUGAAGGAGGCAGAGGAGAAGCUGGCCAAGACGCAGGAAGCCAUGAAGAAGAAGUACACCUGCGACCGGUCUGUGACGGUGACACGGCUGGAGGACCUGCUGCUGGAUGCUCUGGAGGAGAAGGAGCAGCUGAACGAGUUCAAGACUCAUCUGGCCGGGCUGAACAAACGAGCCAGAACCGUGAUCCAGCUGAAACCACGCAACCCCAGCACCCCCGUCAAGGGCAGGCUACCCGUCCAGGCCGUGUGUGACUUCAAACAGAUGGAGAUCACUGUUCAUAAAGGCAACGAGUGUCAGCUGCUGAACAACUCGCAGCCCUACAAAUGGAGAGUGCAGAGCUCCUCUGGGGACGAGGCGGUGGUCCCAUCCGUCUGCUUCAUUGUCCCGCCGCCCAACAAGGAGGCUGUGGACAGCAUCUGCAGCCUGGAUACCAGCUACCAGAGGCUGAUGACCCUGUGGCAGAGCCUGCACAUCGACAUGAGGAGUAUGCUAGCCUGGCAGUACCUCGUAAGGGACAUGCAGCAGAUCCACUCCUGGAACAUCACCAUGUUUAAGACCAUGAAACCCGAAGAGUACCGGCUGAUUCUGAGGAACCUGGAGCUGCACUACCAGGACUUCAUGAGGGACAGCCAGGACUCGCAGAUGUUCGGAGCUGACGACCGAAUGCAGAUUGAGUCUGAUUUCAACAAGGCCUCGCGCUACUAUGACAGCUUGCUCCGCAGUGUGGAGAAAGGCUCAGAGCUCAGGCAGAAGGGGGAGCAGAAUGAGUCGACAUGCCGGACUUACAUCACCCACCUGAAGGACCUGCGUCUGCAGCUGGAGGGCUGUGAGGCCCGUACCGUGGCUCGUAUCCGCCAGCCUGUAGACAAGGAGCCACUCAGGGACUGUGCCCAACGUUCAACUGAGCAAAAGAAAGUCCAGAUGGAGCUGGAUGGCAUCAAAAAGGACGUGGGCAAGGUGUCCCAGGAUGCAGAGGCUCUCCUGGCAUCGCCAGAGCAGUCCAGCUCGACGCCAGUGCUGAAAUCAGAACUGGACCUCACCCUACAGAAGAUGGACCAGGUCUAUAGUUUGUCCUCCAUAUACCUGGAGAAACUGAAGACCAUCGAAGUGGUGAUCCGCAGCACGCAAGGCACCGAGGAUGUGCUGAAGAAGUAUGAGGACCAGCUCCGCAAUGUCAACAAAGUGCCAAUGGAUGUCAAGGAGGUGGAGAUGCACCGCUCACAGCUGAAGAAAUUACGCGGGGAUGCAGAGUCCGAGCAGCCCGCCUUCGACGCCUUGGACUCCGAGCUGCGCAAAGCCUCGGCUGUCAGCGAGAGGCUGUCCCGGCUGCACAGCGAGCGUGAUGCGGAGCUGGACCACUACCGCCACCUGCUGGCUAGCCUACAGGAGCGCUGGCAGGCUUUGUUCGCCCAGGUGGACCUACGGCAGCGGGACCUGGAGCAGCUCGGCCGUCAGCUGGGCUACUACCGGCAGAGCUACGACUGGCUGAUCCGCUGGAUCGCCGACGCCAAGCAGCGGCAGGAGAACAUCCAGGCCGUGCCCAUCACCGACAGCAAGAUCCUGAAGGAGCAGCUGGCCCAGGAGAAGAAACUGCUGGAAGAGAUCGAGAAAAACAAAGACAAAGUUGACGAGUGUCAGAAGUACGCCAAGACCUACAUUGACACUAUCAAGGAUUACGAGCUGCAGCUGGUGACCUACAGGGCCAUUGCAGAGCCAUUGUCUCCAAUGAAGAAACCCAAGAUGGAUUCUGCUUCUGACAAUAUUAUCCAGGAGUACGUGACCCUAAGGACACGGUACAGCGAGCUCAUGACUCUGACCAGCCAGUACAUCAAGUUCAUCACGGACACACAGCGGCGCCUGGAGACCGAGGAGAAAGCUGCUGAGAAACUUAAGGAGGAAGAGAGGAGAAAAAUGGCGGAGAUGCAGGCUGAGUUAGAGAAGCAGAAGCAAUUAGCUGAGGCUCAUGCUAAAGCCAUCGCCAAGGCGGAGAAAGAGGCUCAGGAGUUAAAGCUUCGGAUGCAAGAGGAGGUCAGCAAGAGGGAGGUUGUUGCUGUGGAUGCAGAGAAGCAGAAGCUGAACAUCCAGCAGCAACUACAUGAGCUAAGGAACCUCUCGGAGCAGCAGAUCAACCUCAAGAGCCAACAGGUGGAUGAUGCCCUACAGUGCCGCACGAAGGUUGAGGAGGAGAUACGCAUCAUCAGACUCCAGCUGGAGACCACCAUGAAGCAGAAGACUACGGCUGAGACGGAGCUCCAGCAACUUCGCGACCGAGCGGACGAUGCAGAGCGCCUGCGGAAGCUUGCCCAGGAAGAAGCAGAGAAACUCCGCAAGCAGGUCAAUGACGAGUCCCAGAAGAAGCGCAAGGCGGAGGAUGAGCUGAAGUUAAAGUCAGAAGCAGAAAAAGAGGCUGCUAGGCAAAAGCAGAAGGCCCUGGAUGAACUGAACAGGCUGAGGAUGCAGGCUGAAGAAGCAGAGCGGCAAAUGAAACACGCAGAAGUGGAAAAAGAGAGGCAGAUCAAGCUGGCCCACGACGCCGCACAGAAGAGUGCUACUGCUGAACUUCAGAGCAAACGCAUGUCUUUUGCCGAGAAGACAACAAAACUGGAGGAGUCACUUAAACAGGAGCACACCACUGUCAUUCAGCUGCAGGAGGAGGCGGAACGUCUCAAGAGACAGCAAGAAGAUGCCGACAAAGGCAGGGAGGACGCUGAGAAAGAGCUGGAAAAGUGGAGACAGAAAGCCAACGAAGCACUCCGCUUGAGGCUCCAGGCUGAGGAGGAGGCUCACAAGAAGAGCAGAGCUCAGGAAGAGGCAGAGAAGCAGAAGGAGGAGGCUGAGCGUGAAGCUAAGAGGAGAGCCAAGGCCGAGGAGUCUGCACUAAAGCAGAAGGAGAUGGCCGAGCAGGAACUGGAGAAACAGCGCAAGCUGGCUGAAGGCACAGCCCAGCAGAAACUUUCCGCUGAACAAGAACUUAUCCGUCUGAGAGCCGACUUUGACCAUGCUGAACAGCAAAGGUCAGUGCUCGAAGACGAACUCUACCGCCUUAAAAAUGAAGUCAGUGCUGCUGAACAACAGAGGAAGCAGCUCGAGGACGAGCUUUCCAAAAUGAGGAGCGAAAUGGAAAUUCUUCUGCAGCUGAAGGCUAAGGCUGAGAAGGAGACCAUGUCCAACACUGAAAAGAGCAAGCAGCUCCUAGAAGCCGAGGCGACAAAGAUGAGGGAUCUGGCGGAGGAGGCAUCCAAACUGCGGUCUAUUGCCGAAGAAGCAAAGAGACAACGGCAAAUUGCUGAAGAAGAAGCUGCCAGACAGAGAGCAGAAGCUGAGAGAAUCCUGAAAGAGAAACUAGCUGCCAUCAAUGAGGCUACUCGACUUAAAACCGAAGCUGAAAUCGCCCUCAAAGAGAAGGAGGCAGAGAACGAGAGAUUGAGAAGACAAGCUGAAGAUGAAACUUAUCAGAGAAAGGCUCUCGAGGACCAAGCAACUCAGCACAAGCAAGAUAUUGAGGAAAAGAUUAACCAGCUCAAGAAAUCCUCUGACACUGAAUUAGAAAGACAGAAACAAAUCGUAGAAGAAACCCUCAAACAAAGGAGGGUUGUGGAGGAGGAGAUCCGUAUCCUUAAACUUAAUUUUGAGAAGGCCUCUUCUGGCAAACUAGACUUGGAGCUGGAGCUGAACAAACUGAAGAACAUUGCCGAAGAAACUCAACAAAGCAAGAUCCAGACGGAGAAGGAGGCAGAGAAGCUCCGCAAGCUGGUCCUGGAAGAGGAAAGCAGAAGGAAGGAAGCAGAAGAGAAAGUAAGAAAGAUCGCUGCUGCCGAAGAAGAAGCUGCACGCCAGCGUAAGCUAGCCCAGGAGGAAGUGGAGCGCUUAAAGAAGAGAGCAACUGAAGCUCACAAGCAAAAGGAGGAAGCUGACAAAGAAGCUGAGAAGCAGAUCCUUUUGGCCAAAGAGGCUGCACAUAAGUGCACUGCAGCAGAACACCAGGUCCAAAGUGUGCUCGUUCAGCAGAAGGAGGACAGCCUAGUUCAGAACAAGCUGAAAGAGGAAUUUGAAAAAGCCAGAAGGCUUGCCCAGGAAGCAGAGGAGGCCAAGGAGAAAGCUGAAAGGGAAGCUGCUCUCCUUCGCCAGCAGGCAGAGGAUGCUGAGCGCCAGAAGCAAGCUGCAGAGGCGGAAGCUACUAAACAGGCUAAAGCACAGGAGGAUGCGGAGCGACUGAGAAAGGAGGCUGAACUCGAGGCUGCUAAGCGAGGCCAAGCUGAGGCAGCAGCUGUGAAACAAAAAGAACAGGCGGACUCUGAGAUGGCAAAGCACAAACAGAUUGCAGAGCAGACACUAAAACAAAAGUCUCAAGUCGAACAGGAACUGACUAAGGUCAAGCUGCAGCUGGAUGAGACAGACAAGCAAAAGUCUUUCUUGGAUGAAGAGCAUCAUCGCCUCAAAGAUGAGGUCACUGACGCAAUGAAGCAGAAGGCCCAGGUGGAGGAAGAGCUGUUCAAAGUCAAGAUCCAGAUGGAGGAACUGGUCAAACUGAAACUCAGAAUUGAGGAGGAAAACCAGCGCCUGAUCAAAAGAGACAAUGACAACACUGAGAAGUUUUUGGCUGAGGAAGCAGAGAAUAUGAAGAAGCUGGCAGAACAAGCUGCUCGACUCAGUGUAGAGGCCCAGGAGGCUGCCCGUAUGAGGCAGAUCGCAGAGUCUGACCUUGCCCAGCAGAGGGCACUUGCAGAGAAGAUGAUGAAGGAGAAAAUGCAAGCCAUCCAAGAGGCCUCAAAACUGAGAGCAGAGGCAGACAUGCUUCAGAAACAAAAGGACCAGGCUCAGGAGCAGGCUCAGAAGCUGUUGGAGGACAAGCAGCUGAUGCAACAGCGCUUACAGGAGGAGACCGAGGGCUUUCAGAAAUCCCUGGAAGCUGAACGCAAGCGACAGCUGAUGAUCACCGCUGAGGCCGAGGAACUGAAACUCAGGGUGACUUUGCUGAGCGACGCACAGUCAAAAGCAGAGGAGGAAGCCAAAAAGUUCAGGAAGCAGGCGGAUGACAUCAGCGCUCGUCUGCAUGAGACCGAGCUGUUGAAUAAAGGAAAGUUCCAUGUCGUAGAAAAACUAGAGGUCCAAAGACUGCAGAGUAGCAAAGAAGCUGAUGAACUACGAAAAGCCAUUUCUGAGCUUGAAAAGGAAAAGGAUAAACUGAAAAGGGAGGCUGCAGAGUUACAAAAUAAGUCAAAGGAGAUGGCUAAUGCUCAGCAGGAACAAAUUGAGCAUGAGAUGAUAAUCCUUCAGAAGACCUUCACAACAGAGAAGGAGAUGUUGCUCCAAAAGGAAAAGCUUAUCGAAGAAGAGAAAAAGAGGCUGGAAAAACAGUUUGAAGAGGAAGUUAAAAAAGCGAGAACCCUCAAGGAUGAACAAGAGCAUCAAAGAAAAGCUAUGGAGGAGGAGAAGAGAAAACUUCAGAAGAACUUGGAUGCUGCUCUCAAGAAGCAAACAGAUGCAGAAGAAGAAAUGCGCAAUAAGCAGAAGGAGAUGAAGGAGCUUGAAAAGAAGCGGUUAGAGCAGGAGAAGCUGCUGGCUGAGGAGAACAAGAACCUCCGUGAAAAACUGCAAAAGCUUCAGGUUGCUGAAAAACCAGCAGUAGCGCAUACAAGGGAGAUUCAAAUCCAAACAGAAUUUGUCCCUGAAACAGAACUGGUUUUUGCAACGUCAGUGGGAACAUCAAAGGAGAUUUUCAAUGGCCAGAGUGGCAGGGAUGAUGUGGACAGGAAUGGAGUCUCACCGCUGGCAUUUGAGGGAAUCCGGGAGAGGGUCCCUGCAAGCAGGCUGUAUGACGUUGGCUUGUUGAGCAAAAAGGACUUUGAUAAGUUAAAUAAGGGAAAAACUACUGUGCAGGAGCUCAGCCAGGAUGAAACCCUGAGGAAGUACCUUAGAGGUACCAACUGCAUUGGAGGAGUCUUAGUCAAACCUAACCAAAAGAUGAGCAUCUAUCAAGCUAUGAAAGAGAACAAAAUCACCCCUGGCACUGCACUGGUACUUCUGGAAGCUCAGGCAGCCUCUGGGUAUAUAAUUGACCCAGUGAAGAAUAAGCAGCUUACUGUCAAUGAAGCUGUAAAGGAGGGACUAAUUGGGCCUGAACUGCAUAAUAAUAUGCUCUCCGCUGAACGAGCAGUCACUGGUUACAAGGACCCAUAUACUGGUGGAAAAAUCUCCCUCUUUGAAGCCAUGAAAAAAGGUUUGAUUGUGGAAAACCAUGGCAUUAGACUGCUUGAAGCUCAAUUAGCUACUGGUGGAAUCAUCGACCCAGUUCAUAGCCAUCGUGUGCCUACUGAGACAGCCUAUAAGCAAGGUCAAUUUGAUGCGCAGCUGAACAAAAUUCUACUAGAUCCUACAGAUGACACAAAAGGGUUCUUUGAUCCAAACACUAAGGAAAAUCUGACUUACUUACAGCUUUUGGAAAGGUGCACAGGAGACCCAGAAACUGGCCUGUUACUACUACCCAUUACAGACAAGGCUGCUCUAAGUGAUAGAACAUACACUGAUGAGGAAACAAAAGAUGUCUUCAGCAAGACCACUGUAUCAGUUCCAUUUGGAAGGUUCAAGGGAAAGAACAUCACCAUUUGGGAAAUUAUCAACUCGGAGUAUUUCACUGAGGAACAAAGGAAAGAUCUAAUCCGACAGUACAGGACAGGGAAAAUCACUGUGGAAAAAAUCAUCAAGAUUGUUAUUACUGUGGUAGAAGACAAAGAGAAAAAGAAAGAAAUUGAAUUUGACGGACUCAGGGGGCCUGUUCCUGCUACUGAACUUCUGGAUUGCAAGAUCAUUGACAAAGACUUAUACAACAAACUCCACAAGGGCAAUAAGUCAGUUAAAGAAGUGUCUGAGCUGGAGCAAGUAAAGAAAGCACUGAAAGGUGCUAACGGUAUAGCUGGAGUGUUCAUCGAGUCAACGAAGGAGAAGAUGCCAUUCUAUCAAGCCAUGAAAAAAGAUAUUUUGAGUCCAGGCCCAGCUUUGAAUCUUUUGGAGGCACAAGCUGGAACUGGGUUUAUCAUUGACCCAGUGAAAAAUCAAAAGUUGACUGUUGAUGAAGCUGUAAAAGAAGGUCUUGUUGGCCCUGAGCUUCACGAAAAGUUGCGUUCUGCAGAGAGAGCUGUCGCUGGCUACAAAGAUCCCUACACCGGGAAAACUGUUUCUUUAUUUGAAGCUAUGAAGAAGGAACUCAUUAUCAGGGACCAAGGCAUUCGUUUGCUGGAAGCUCAGCUGGCCACUGGUGGCAUCAUUGACCCGGUAAAAAGCUAUCGUAUCCCACAUGAUGUUGCCUGCAAGCGGGGAUAUUUUGAUGAUGAAAUAAACCAGAUUCUGAGCAAGCCAACUGAUGACACAAAGGGGUUUUUUGACCCCAACACCCAGGAAAAUGUCACAUACUCACAGCUCCAGGAAAGGUGCAUCACUGACAAGGAGACUGGUCUUCAGCUUCUGCCUCUGUCUGAGAAAGCCAUCAAUGCAAAAGACUUUCAGUCUUACACAGAUGUACAAACUAAAGAGGCUUUCAACCAGGCAAGCAUAGAAAUGUCAUCUGGACCAUUCAAGGGAAGGAAAGUAACUAUUUGGGAGCUCAUCAACUCUGAGUAUCUAACAGAGGAACAGAGACUUGAGCUGAUCAGGCAAUACAAAUCUGGCAAGGUGACAAUUGAAAAAAUCAUUAAGAUUGUCAUCACCAUCAUCGAUGAGAAGGAAACAAAGAAAAAUGAACAGGUCACUUUCAAGGGACUCAGAGGUUCUGUCCCAGCAAGAUCGUUGCUUGACUCCCAGAUAAUUGAUAAAACUACAUUUGAAAAGCUGCAGCAAGGCAGAACGUGCCCAAAAGAUGUUGCUGAAUUUGACAAGGUUAAAAAUUAUUUGCAGGGCACUGACUGCAUUGCUGGCAUCUACAUUGAACCAACCAAAGAAAAGAUGAGCAUUUACCAAGCAAUGAAGAAGAAAUUGCUAAGACACAACACAGGCCUCGUACUUCUUGAAGCGCAAGCAGCUACUGGAUUUAUUGUGGAUCUGAUCACAAAUCAGCUGCUGACUGUGGAUGAGGCUGUAAAGGCAGGCACCGUUGGCCCUGAGCUUCAUGAAAAACUUCUUUCAGCUGAAAAAGCCGUAACUGGCUACAAUGACCCCUACACAGGUAACAAGAUCUCCCUCUUCCAAGCUAUGCAGAAAGACUUCAUCUUGAAGGAGCAUGCUGUGCCUCUUCUCGAAGCUCAGAUUGCUACUGGAGGAAUCAUUGAUCCUGUAAAUAGUCACAGGGUGCCUAUGGAGGUAGCCUAUGAGCGUGGCUAUCUCAGCAAACCGAUGUUUAAGAUUCUGUCCGAGCCAACAAAUGACACCAAGGCAUUCACUGACCCCAACACAGAGGAAAGUGUCACUUACAAACAGCUAAAGGAGAAGUGCAUGAGAGAUCCUGGAACAGGAUUCUGUUUAUUACGCCUUUCAAAACCAGAGUCCCCCACAGUGGUGGAGAAGACUUACCUGUACACUGAGGAACAAACUCAGAAGGACUUAGCUGACACUAAAGUAGAUAUCCCACUUGGAGGUCAUUCUGGACAGUCAAUGUCUCUGUGGGAUAUCAUGAACUCAGAUAUGCUCCCUGAAGAAGAAAGACUUAAACUCCUUGACGAAUAUCGGUCUGGAAAAAUCACAAAGGAACGAAUGAUCAUCAUAAUUAUAGAAAUAAUUGAGCAAAGGGAAAUCAUCAGGGGUGGGCAUACUGCAUCUUGCGACGUAAUCAGACGAAGAGUUACCAUUGAGGAACUAUAUAACGCUCACAUUAUUGACUUGGAAACUUACAAUCUGCUGAAGCAAGAGAAAAUAACCAUUCGAGAAGUCAUGGAAAUGCAGACAGUGAAACAGUAUCUUUUUGGCACUGGCAGCAUUGCUGGGGUUUUGUCUGAUGCCUCCAACCGAAUCAGUAUUUAUCAGGCUAUGAAGAGAGGACUAAUGAAACCUGAAAUUGCUGUUAGUCUUCUGGAAGCUCAAGCAGCAACAGGGUUUAUGGUUGAUCCAGUCAGGAAUGAAAUGUUAACUGUUGAUGAGGCUGUCCGCAAAGGUGUUGUUGGUCCAGAGCUCCAUGACAAACUUCUCUCUGCUGAGAGAGCUGUCACUGGUUAUAAGGAUCCUUACAGUGGUAAAAUUAUCUCUCUGUUCCAAGCAAUGAAGAAAGACCUGCUUCCUGAGGAAUAUGCUCUAAAACUGCUGGAAGCACAGGUAGCCACAGGUGGCCUCGUGGAUCCAGAAUUCUACUUCCACCUUCCCACUGAUGUUGCCAUGCAGCGUGGAUACAUUAAUAAAGAAAUCAAUGAAAAGCUUUCAGGAGAUGUUAAGGGUUAUACUGACCCUGUCACAGAAGAGAAACUAUCAUAUACCCAACUGCUUAAGAGGUGCAGAAUUGACAAGGGCACUGGAUUGCGAAUGCUGUCACUAGCAGACAGAAGAUUACUGUUCAAGGGUCUUAGGAAGCAGAUCACUAUAGAAGAAUUGAUACGCUCCCAGAUCAUUGACCAAAAGACAGUCACAGAACUAAAUGAAGGCCUUGUUACAAUUGAGGAAGUCAGCAAGGGGCUCCAGAAAUAUCUUGAAGGCACAAGUUGUAUUGCUGGUGUAUUUAUUGAAUCUACAAAGGAACGUUUGUCUGUUUAUCAAGCAAUGAAAAAGAAUUUGAUCAGACCUGGAACCGCUUUUGAACUGCUGGAAGCUCAGGCAGCCACAGGAUACGUCAUUGACCCAAUUAAGGCCCUAAAGCUGACUGUAAAUGAUGCUGUCAGGAUGGGAAUUGUGGGACCAGAGUUCAGAGACAAACUUCUCGCCGCUGAGCGUGCUGUUACAGGUUACAGAGACCCAUAUACUGGAAAGACCAUCUCUUUAUUCCAGGCUAUGAAAAAAGGUCUCAUUUUGAAAGAUCAUGGAAUUCGCCUUCUGGAAGCUCAGAUUGCCACUGGCGGCAUCAUUGAUCCAGAGGAAAGUCAUCGACUUCCAGUAGAGGUGGCCUACAACCGUGGCCUCUUUGAUGAAGAGAUGAAUGAAAUUCUCUCUGAUCCAUCUGACGACACCAAGGGAUUCUUUGACCCAAAUACUGAGGAGAACCUCACCUACUUAGGGCUGAUGGAGAGGUGCAUUACAGACCCAGAAACAAACCUCGUUCUCCUGCUUCUGAAGGACAAGAAGCGAGAGAGGAAGACAUCAUCCAAGUCAUCUGUUCGCAAACGCAGAGUAGUCAUUGUAGAUCCCGAGUCUGGCAAAGAGAUGUCGGUGUAUGAGGCAUACCGCAAAGGACUUAUUGACCAUCAGACCUACCUGGAACUUGCAGAGCAGGAAUGUGAAUGGGAGGAAAUCACCACUACCUCCUCUGAUGGGACUGUGAAAUCCAUGAUCAUUGACAGAAGGUCUGGACGACAAUAUGACAUAGAUGACGCUAUUUCAAGAGGCCUCAUUGAUCAGUCUGCUAUGGAUCAGUAUCGUUCUGGCACUCUUUCCAUCACAGAAUUUGCUGACAUGUUGUCUGGUACCAUGAGUGGAUUCCGAUCCCGUUCAUCCUCAUUUGGAUCCACUUCUUCCUAUCCCAUGAGUCCACUCCCAUCCAUCAAGACCCCAACAACAGUAUGGAAUGAUCCAACUGAGGAAACAGGCCCAGUGGCUGGAAUCCUGGAUACAGACACUUUAGAGAAGGUGUCCAUAACUGAAGCUAUGCAUCGAAACAUUUUAGACAACAUCUCUGGUCAAAGACUACUGGAAGCCCAAGCAUGUACUGGUGGUAUCAUUGAUCCCACCACAGGGGAGACAUUCUCUGUUGCUGAUGCAGUGAGCAAAAACCUUGUUGAUAAGAUAAUGGUUGAUCGCCUCAACCUGGCUCAGAAAGCUUUCAAUGGAUUUGAAGAUCCUAGAACCAAGACUAAAAUGUCUGCUGCUCAGGCCUUGAAAAAAGGAUGGCUUUAUUAUGAAGCUGGCCAGCGUUUCCUUGAGGUCCAGUACCUCACUGGAGGAUUAAUUGAACCUGAUGUUUCUGGCAGAGUCUCACUAGAUGAAGCUAUCAAAAAGGGCACUUUGGACACACGUACCGCCCAGAAGCUGCGAGACGUGAGCAGCUAUAACAAAUACCUGACCUGCCCCAAAACCAAACUGAAGAUCUCCUACAAAGAUGCCAUGGACAGAAGCAUGGUUGAAGAGGGAUCUGGCUUGCAUCUUCUGGAGGCAUGCUCGCAAUCCAGCAAAGGUCUCUACAGCCCCUACAAUGCCAGUGGUGCUGGGUCAGCAGUGGGUUCCCGGAGUGGAUCAAGAACAGGGUCUAGACAAGGCUCAAGACGAGGAAGCUUUGAUGCUACUGGCUCUGGUUUCACCAUGAACUUGUCGUCCUCCUCCUACAGCUCUUCAUCCUACAGCCGCCGAUACUAAGCCAAGCCAUUGCAUUAGUUAUCAUGAACAAGGCCUUGAAGAACAACAAACCUUUGCAACAAUGCUUCCAAUCCGCUUGUCAGCUUUUUAAUUUAUAGGAAAAAUAUUCUGCUCUGCAUGUGGUUGCAUUAAAUCAUAUUGCAUUAAUGCUGGAUGUAGUUAUAUAUAAAGAUCUCACUUAAUUCAGUGUAUAUUCAGAAUGAUUCUUUGAGGGCUUAUUUUGUAUUCUGAGAUAAAUCUAAUUUCUAUUAUUCUGUUUAUUUGUGCAACAAAGUGCAUAUUUGUAAGAUCCUUGAACUCAUUUAAUAUGUUUUGAAUUGCUCAGUUUAACACUUUGUUGGUGUCAAGUAACACUAUUUCGUGUUGUAUAUUAUGAUUAACACUACAUAUAAGGAAUUUUCCAGAAAGUUAUAUCUGAAAGAAUUCUGACAGAAGUAUAUAAAAACAAAAGUAUUUUUUCAUAUUGUUUUCUGGGUUUAGUUUAAGAGACGUAUUCAUAGGACAUGCCAACACAGAAUUAAAAGUGAUGCUGUUUACCCGAAUUAAAAAUAUACAUAUGGCUUUAUUCUCUGUACAUGUAUAGAUAUUUGAUCUGAGAUAUUUUAUAGGGCAAAGGCUUUCCAGCAAAACAUAACUAAUGACUAGCUUGCUGUCUGCAGAGCAGAAUAAAGAUAACAAAUUUUUAUCACUGGAAUAAAAAUGCUUCAAGAUGCCA